CAAAAAGUCCACAACUCACUCUUCGUAGGCCUAAAACCUCAUAGCGGCAAGAAAGUCCAUUAGGGUUUUGAGCUUUGAACAUCAAAAGUUCAAGGCUUUCAAGCCCAUCUUCUCCUUCUCCCUCCACAAACUUUCUUGAAUUUACGAUUAAAAAAUAAAAUCAUAAACGAUAAACCCAAAACCCUGCUUGUACAAGCAGAGAUUUUGAUUCAGCAUUCGUUUGCAAAGUUGUUUCAAAGGAGUUACUAUGGAUACCCUAACUAGUGUUAAUGAGAUAGCUGAUUCAGAGGCACAACCGAAUAAGCGUAGGCGGAAGAAGUCCAUAGUUUGGGAACAUUUCACAAUUGAAACAAUUGAUGCAGACUGUACCAGAGCCUGUUGUAAGCAGUGCAAGAAGUCAUUUGCCUAUAUUAGUGGUUCAAAGUUAGCAGGCACCAGCCACCUCAAGCGGCAUAUCGCCUUGGGUAUUUGCCCGGUGAGUCGGACCAACCAAGAUAAGAAUCAGUUAACCUCAUAUAACUCUGUUGUGCAAACUAAUGGUUCUGCUAGUGCUACUGGCAAAUCAAGAAAGCGGUACAGAGCUAAUCCAGGACCAACAAGUAUCCCAUUUGAUCAAGCCCGUUGCUAUUAUGAUAUUGCAAAAAUGAUAAUUCAGCAUGACUAUCCACUUGAGAUGGUGGAGCACUCGGGAUUUAAUAAGUUUGUGCGAAAUCUUCAGCCUUUGUUUAGUUCAGUGAGUGUCGAUACCAUCCAAGAUCAUAUUUUUAACAUUUUCCUGAGAGAAAAGCAAAACCUUUUGAACAUAAUUGGUGCAAUUCCUGGACGUGUUAGCCUGACACUCGAUUUGAGAACUUCAGAUCAAAACUUAGGCUAUGUCUUCCUAACAGGAUACUUUGUUGACAGUGAUUGGAAAUUGCGGUGCCGACUUCUCAAUGUUAUCAUGGUACCUUUCCCUGAUUCAGAUGUUGCCUUCAAUCAUGCUGUUGCUGCAUGUUUGACAGAUUGGUGCUUAGAGACAAAGCUAUUCACGCUCACUCUUGAUCAAUCUGUUGCUAAUGUCAAUGUCAGAAAGAACCUGGGACAUCUACUGUCUAUCAAGGGAGGAAAUAUUCUCAAUGGUCAGCUAAUAAUUGGUAGUUGUUGUGCUCGUGUUCUGAGCCAUCUUGCACAGUAUGCAUUAGAUUCCAUGAGAGCAGUCGUUGAGAAAAUCCGCCAAAGUGUUAAGUUCGUUAAAACCGCAGAUGCCCAUGAAGAAAAGUUUCUUGAGCUCAAGAGACAACUUCAAGUUCCCAGUGCAAAGGAGCUCAUUGUGGAUGACCAAACGAAAUGGGAUACCACAUAUCAAAUGCUGAUGACUGCGUCUGAGCUGAAAGAAGUAUUUUCUUGUUUGGAUACUUCUGAUCCUGAUUAUAACGUGACACCUACAAUGGAUGAGUGGAAACAGGCUGAGAUUCUCUGUGAAUACCUGAAGCUUUUCUUUGAUGCAGCCAACCUAUUAACUUCCCCGACAUACUCAACAGCCGAUGUGUUAUUUCAUGAAGUGUGGAAAAUUCAGCUCGACCUUAUGCAGGCGGCCCGUAGCCAGGAUCGUUUCAUAAGAAACUUGACUCAACCAUUGCAGGAGAAGUUUGACGAGUACUGGAAUGAUUGCAACCUGGUUUUAGCAGUUGCUGUUGUUAUGGAUCCUAGGUUCAAGAUGAAGUUAGUCGAGUUCACUUUUAACAAGAUCUACGGUGAAGAAGCUGAAGCUUGGAUCAAGAUUGUCGAUGAGGGAGUGCACGAAGUUUUUUGUGAUUACAUCGUGCAAUCACUUCCUCCGCCUCCGGCUAGUUUUGUAGAUGAAGCAAAUGACAAUUUUGUAAUAAAAUCAGAAUUCUCUCAGGAAGAUAGUUUCCUUGCUAAUGGUGAUACAUUUGCGGAUUUUGAUGUCUAUCUCCAUGACAUUAUGAACAAUCAGCAGAUGAAAACAGAGUUAGAUCAGUAUCUUGAAGAAUCUCUGAUGCCUCGCUCACAAGAUUUUGAUGUAUUGGGUUGGUGGAGAAUAAACAGAUGCAAGUACCCUACCCUCUCCAAAAUGGCAUCUGAUAUUUUAUCCAUCCCAGUCUGCACUGUCAGUCCAGAUUCUGUGUUUGACACUGCACCGCGAGAUCUGGAUGGACACCGGAGUUCAUUGAGACCCAUAACUCUUGAGGCUCUCAGUUGUUCCAAAGAUUGGCUUCAAUAUGAAUCUUGGGAGUCUCCAUAUGGAAUUUCAGCAGCAACAGUUAAAAUGGAGUAUUAGAUUUGUUAGUAAAGAUUUUUUUUGGUGCAGUUGCUUUAUUUUAUUUUAAUCCCCCCUUUAUAGCAACAGUUUUGUGCACACAAGGCAUAUAGGUCAAUUCAUAUUCUUUCACCAACUUUAUAAGAAGGAAAAUUUACUCUCUUUUCA